UUUAAAGAGACAGCUUUUGUUCUCUUCUCUUCUCUUCUCUUCUUCAAACUUCAAACUUCAAACCCACCACCACCACCACUACAAAACUCACUCACUCACUCACUCUCAAGUCUCAACAACUUCUCCCUAAUCUGCGCUAUGAGCUGUGACAGCAACAACGGCGGCAGCGGCAGCAGCUCCAGCAGCUGGUUGGGCUUUUCCCUCUCCCCACACAUGAAAAUGGACGCCGACAACAACCACCACCACCAACACUACCACCACACCGGCGCUCUCUACCUCUCCGGCAACAACCCCUCCCCCGGAAUCUCUUACGACGGCGGCGGAGGAGGAGGCGGCGGCGCCGGCUUCCACCAUCACUCUCCUUUGACCGUCAUGCCCCUCAAGUCCGACGGCUCCCUCUGCAUUAUGGAAGCUCUCUCUAGAUCACAACCACCUUCUCAAGGCAUGGCUCCCCCGCAGAGCUCCUCUUCCUCCUCCUCCCCCAAACUCGAGGACUUCCUCGGCGGCGGACACUACGCCGCCGGCGAAGGCGGCCACCACCACGGCGGAGCGGACGACAGGGACGCCUUCCCCUUAAGCCUCGACUCCUUCUACUUCAACCACCAGCCCACGGCGGAGGAGGGGAACAACCACCGUCAACAACAGCAGCACUUGGACCAGCAGCAAUACCACCAGUUUCAGACCCAAACGCUGUCGUAUUACCCUGGAAUCCAGUGGCUUCAGCAGGCCCCACCAUCUCCCAAUGCCGACAAGAAUAACAAUAAUCAUAUUCAUCUCUCCGCCGCGGAUUCCCAUUCUCACCUCCCGCCCACGGCCGCCGGCGAAAUCGACGGCGCCGGCACUGAUGAGAUCCCGACCCUCCGCAACUGCUGGGUCUCCCGCUACAUCGAUUCCAACCACCACCAGAUCGGCGGCGGUGGCUUCGUCGAUGAAGCAGCUGCUGCCGCCGCCGCGGGUUGCGGCGGAGAGUUGCAGUCGCUGACCUUGUCGAUGAGUCCUGGUUCCAAGUCCAGCUGCGUCCCUUCUCCCACCAACAACAAUGGGAGUGCUGUGGUGUCGGAACAAUGUAUGAUUGGGAUGGAGAGCAAGAAGAGAGCGCUGCCGGAGAAAUCUGGCCAGAAGCAGACAGUUCACCGGAAGUCCAUCGACACUUUCGGCCAGCGGACUUCCCAGUACCGUGGGGUCACUAGACAUCGCUGGACCGGUCGGUAUGAAGCGCAUCUAUGGGACAAUAGUUGCAAGAAGGAAGGACAGACCAGGAAAGGGAGGCAAGGGCUUGUUAUGCUCUUCUGUGGGAUGCUGUUUCCAUCAAUGGUGCAACUACUCUACAGUGUAUCUGGGGGGUUAUGAUAUGGAAGAGAAAGCAGCUAGAGCUUAUGAUCUUGCAGCACUCAAGUACUGGGGACCUUCUACCCACAUUAACUUUCCGCUGGAGAAUUACAGAGCAGAGCUUGAGGAGAUGAAGAACAUGAGCCGCCAGGAAUAUGUUGCCCAUCUGAGAAGGAAAAGCAGUGGUUUUUCUAGAGGGGCCUCAAUGUAUAGAGGAGUGACAAGGCAUCAUCAGCAUGGUAGAUGGCAAGCAAGAAUAGGCAGAGUUGCAGGAAACAAGGACCUUUAUCUUGGCACCUUCAGCACCCAAGAAGAAGCAGCCGAGGCAUACGACAUAGCUGCAAUCAAGUUCCGUGGCGUCAACGCGGUGACCAACUUCGACAUAACUCGAUACGACGUCGAGAAGAUCAUGGCCAGCAACACCCUCCUCGCCGGAGAGCUUGCAAGGAGAAACAAAGAGCCAGUUGUACCUCAGCCCAUUAGCUCCGAAGUUGCUGCCAUUGGCUACUUAACAACAACUAACCCUGCUGACAGCACCAGAACCACCACCACCACCAACAACACCCCAUCGCCACCUAGCAACAACAACGUCAACAAUGGCAAUGGGAAUGGACAAGGCAGCAGUCUCUCCGACUGGAACUCGGUGUUUUACGGCACCAACCAUUCGGCAUCGUCUUCUCCGUACAUGUUGCAUGACCUCAUUGGGGUCGAGUCUCUGAGUUCAGGCCAUGCAGUGGAGGAUUCCUUGUCAGCCAAGCUAGGAGCACAUUCACAUUCGUCCAACCCUUCAUCUCUGGUGACUAGCUUGAGCAGCUCAAGGGAAGGUAGCCCUGAUAAGGUGAACAACAACAAUAACAACAAUACCACCACCACGGCUAAUACUAUGUUGUUUGCUAAGCCGCCACUUGCAUCAAAGUUCAUAAGCCCUGCCGCGGCGGCGACUGCAACGAUCCCUGCUUGGUUCCAAGCCACCAAUAACCAGAUGAGGGAGUCCAUCUCCAUGGCUCACUUACCUGUUUUCGCUGCCUGGAACGAUGCAUAGGAGUGUUGAGUUCGUUGCAUGAACUUUUGGAAAAGUUGGAAAUGAUUAGUUGUGGUUAGUGAGAGGGGAUUUGGCGGGAAAGAGGGGUUAAGAAAAAGGUGGGAUGUAGGAUUUUCCAUUAGUAAUUUGUUUUCAACUUUUCAGUAGGGUGGUUAGUGGGGGGAAAUUGAGGGGGACUAAUGAUAGGGGCAGUAAGGGUCAGUUGUUAUCUGUCUGUAACCCAAGUAUAAGAAAACCUUUGUCGAUUCUAACUUUUGGCUUCAUGUUUUCUUUUCUAGAGAAAGAUGGAGGGAAGAAAUUUGUUGAGAAACAUGUUAAAGUAUGAUGGUGGAGGGGUCUAUUAUUAUUGAGUGAAAUUCUGUAGUAGGAUUUGAUGUAUGGCUACCAUGAAAAACUAACGGGGACCUUUAAUAUGGGUGGAUAAGUAAUUGUUCUAAUGAUUUACAUCUUUGCCCAUGCAAUGUUUUAGCUAAGGUGGUUUAGGAUUGUUUGUUUCGUGGAUUUUGUGAGAUAUUUGUGUCUGAUUUAAUUUUUUAUGGAUUGUCA